AAAUAUAAAAAUAAGUACACAGUCAAUAUAUUCCCCUCUCCUGUCCUCUUCCCUUGGUUCAUUUUCUUCUAUUACUUCGACCUGGAAGCACCUUUCAUUACCCAACUAUCGCGCCGCCGCCGUCGGCCAACUUCCAAUUCCAGAAGGAAAAGAAUAUAACCCAAAACUACCCCCAAGUAAAUCUUGUGUAUGUACCAACUAUAAUCUCUCCUCUCGCCGCUGUCAAUGAAAUCUGCAAUUUUAACAAUACUGCGUCGUUUUACUUCCUCCGACAUUGUUACGUAGUGCUUAGAUUUUCUGAUAUGUUGUGUAUUAUUACAAUUAAUAAAGUACCAACGAGGAGGCGUUAUGGUAAAUCUCCCUGCUCAAAUCAGCCGCCUCUUAAUACUCCGCCGCUUCGAUGCCCUCAAAACCCUAGACUUCACUUUCUCCGACCACCUUUUGGACCUCGUCCUAAAAAAUCUAAAGGGUCACCCAAUUUCUGCCCUUCACUUCUUCAACCUAGCUUCUAAACAGAAUUACUUCAGACCUUACUUCAAGUCUUAUGUUAAGCUCAUCCACAUUUUAUCCAAUGCCCGAAUGUUUGAUGAAACGAGGUUAUGUUUACGCGGUCUCGUUGAUCUCUCGGAAAGCAGCGAUCUUCCGGUUUCUUUGAUUUGCGAUGAAUUGGUUACUGUAUAUAGGGAAUUUAAGUUUUCGGGAACUGUUUUCGACAUGGUGCUGAAAGCUUAUGUGGAAAAGGGCUUGUGUAAGAAUGCCUUGUACAUGUUUGAUAAUAUGCCCAAGUGGGGUCGCUUGCCGAGCUUGCGAUCUUGUAAUGGCCUGUUGAGUUGUUUGGUGAGAGGUAAGGAUUUUCAUACCGCUAUUUGUGUUUAUGAUCAAAUGAUGAGAAUCGGGGUUGCUCCUGAUGUGUACACAUGUGCGAUAGUGGUGGAUGCGUACUGCAAGGAUGGCAGAGUUGCUGAAGCGAUGGAAUUUGUGGAAGGAUUGGAUAAAAUGGGAAUAAAUUUGAAUGUUGUGGGUUACAAUAAUUUGAUUAAUGGGUUUGUCGAGAAGGGGGAUAUGGAGGGGGUGGAUAAAGUGUUGGGGUUAAUGAGUCAAAGAAGAAUUGUUAAAAAUAUUAUUACAUGUACGAUGUUGAUCAAGGGUUAUUCUCGGACGGGGAAAAUGGAUCGAGCUUGUGAAGUAUUUAAAGGGAUGAAGGAAAAUAUGAUGGUUUUGGAUGAAAAGGUCUAUGGAGUAUUAAUCGAUGGGUAUUGUCGUGAUGGAAAUAUGGAUGAUGCUGUGAGAAUCAAGAAUGAAAUGUUGAGGUCGGGUUUGGGGACGAAUUUGUUCGUUUUCAAUUCUAUGAUUAAUGGGUACUGCAAAAAUGGUCAACUUUUUGAGGCGGAGAAAGUUAUAAUGACUAUGGUUGAAGGGAAUUUAAAGCCGGAUAAUUAUAGCUACACUACUUUAUUGGAUGGUUAUUGUAAAAGAGGAUUGAUCGACGAUGCUCUCAAGCUUUGUCGUAAUAUGGCUGGUAAUGGUGUUUAUCCGGCAAAUAUAAGUUAUAAUAUUCUUUUAAAAGGUUUGUGUGAUUAUGGUGAUGUGGAAGAUGCUCUCUCCCUUUGGCAGUUGAUGCUCAAGAGAGGUUUUAUUCCCGAUGAAAUUGGAUUUAGCACAAUUGUUCACGGUCUUUUCAGAAAGGGAGACUUUGAUAAGGCUUUGAUGAUGUGGAAGCAAGCUCUUGCAAAGGGCCCCACGAAAAGUACUAUUUUAUUCAACACUAUGCUCAAUGGAUUGUGUAAAAUGGGGAAAAUGAUUGUAGCGGAGCAAAUUCUCGAGAAGAUGAAGGAAAGGGGUUGUUCGAUUGAUGAAGUGACUAAUAGAAUCUUGAUUGAUGGGUAUUGUAGAGCUGGAGAUGUUGAACGAGCUUUUGAAAUUAAAGAAAUUAUGGAUAUGGAGGGAGUUCCCGCUUCUAUUGAAAUGUAUAAUUCGCUUAUUAGUGGAUUGUUUCGAGCGGAUAAAUCGAAGGAAAUUUCUAAGCUGCUUUCGGAAUUUCAUGCGAAAGGGCUAAGUCCUAAUAUUAUUACAUAUGGAGCACUUAUGAGCGGUUGGUUCAAAGAAGGGAAUCUCAAGAAGGCGUUUGACGCGUAUUUCGAAAUGAGAGGAAAAGGAAUUGCUCCAAAUGUACAUAUAUGUACCAUAAUUAUUAGCGGAUUAAAUAAGCUUGGUCGGACAGAUGGCGCAAAUAUGUUACUGCAGAAAAUGGUGGAAUUAGAUGUUGUCCCGAAUCUUAAACAAUUUUACGAUUUUUUCAACUUCGAUAAAAUUCCGACCGAAGCCCAGAAAAUUGCAACCACCAUUGAUGAAAGUGUGAAAGGAAAUAUAAUUCCCAGUAGUAUUCUGUAUAAUGUUGUUAUAGCUGGAUUAUGCAAAUGUGGGAAGACGAACGAUGCAAGAAAAGUUAUCAGUGGUUUAUCGCAAAGAGGCUUUGUACCAGACGAGUUCACUUACUCUGCCCUUAUACACAGUGCAGCCACUUCGGGUGACGUUAAUGAAGCUUUUCUAUUACGUGACGAAAUGACGGAAAAGGGUAUUUCUCCGAAUAUAGUUACGUAUAAUGCCCUUAUAGAUGGGUUAUGUAAAUCCGGAAACCUUGACCGUGCAUUGAGGCUUUUUCAUAAACUUCAAUCGAAAGGGUUAGUUCCGAAUCUAAUCACUUACAAUACAUUGAUUAACGAGUGCUUUAAGAGCGGCAGCAAAAGUGAAGCACUUAAACUUAUGGGGAGAAUGACGAAGGAAGGGAUUGCUCCUUCGGUCAAAACCUAUUCUGGAUUUCUUAGUAGCCUUUUGCAGCAGGGCAAUGUGGAUGAAUACACGAAACUUUUGGAUGAAAUGCGCAAGGCAGGCUUUGAAACGGACUUUACGAGAUACCGCAAACCAUUUGAAGUUGAAGUUGUGGCGUUAUAACAGAUGAUGGUGCUUAGUCAAUUGCUCUUUGUGGGAAAACAAGGUAAAUUGCUCAAGAUUUUAGAGAUUUAGUUUAAAUGAAUACUACUUAUUUGAUCUUAUUUGCCAGAAUGUAGAGACUACGUUUCAUGGAAUGCAAUUGAACAUGGAUCAGAUAUUUACCAACUCUUUUAGGUUUCUACGCUGAUAAGCGUCAAAUAUCGACUAAUUGUGAAAAAAAGAUACCACCUUGAUCGGAAGGGUUAGAAAGAGUGAUGCACUUGAAAUGCAGAGCUUUUAUCAGGAAAAUGUUGCGAACAAAAUUGAUCGCUGGCAACAAGCAUAGCAAAGAGCUAAUGUGCUCUUUGAGGUUUUCAACGCAAUUAUUAAUCAGACACAAUUUGUGAAGUUGAUCGUGAGGAAGUCUUUCUCCAGUAAGUGUUGUGAAGAGGAGACUGUAACGCCUCUUAAAUAUCUUGGGGGCUUUUGUUUUCUUCGUGUUUUCGUUUCCAAAUGGAAUUAAGUCCUUGCUUGGAAUGAUCUCAAUCUCUCCCAUAUUUGUUCCGAAAGUUACUUUUGUAAGGGGAAAAUUCUCCAAAAAAAAUGACAAAUUAUGUCCCCUAAAUGUAUAUACAACAAGACUGUUCUUUGGAAA